CACACAGCUCCAGCACGCGCAGGCCAACACAGACGUGCAUGCACACACGGCUGGCUGCCCCUAUCGCAAUUCGCUGGCCCCUCAACUCCUGUCUAGGAAAAAGCAGUGGGACCACUGUCAGCGCACUAGUCGGCUGACACGGUGCACCACUCACACUUGGCCAAACUUGCAGCGCGUGAAGUACGCGUGUGUGCGUGCAUGCGCUGUGUAUGUGUGUGCGUGUGCUGUGAGCGCGUGCAUUGACCUGCCUUUCAUCACACGCAGGAUAAACAGUUUUCUUGAAGUUCUCUCAACAGACUCCUCCAUUCACAUGGCCCUCGCUCCUCUCGUCUGUCUGCGACGCGCAAACAAACUUCUGUGUGCGCUGCACGGCCAAGCAAAGCGGGUCACGUGUUUCAAGUGUCAGGAGCGGCAUUACGUGACGAAUGGCGGCGAAAAGAAAUCAACCCGGCUGAAGAAAAUGCUGCUGUCCUCAGACCUGGAGUUUCUGAUGGAAGCCCACAGUGGCAUCAGCGCCCGCAUCGCAGACGAAGCAGGUUUCAAAGGAAUCUGGGCCAGUGGUCUGUCCAUAUCAACACAGCUAGGAGUGCGCGACAGCAACGAGGCGUCGUGGACACAAGUGCUGGACGUGCUGGAGUUCAUGAACGACGCUUGUGAUGUCCCCAUCCUCGUGGACGCCGACACAGGCUACGGCAACUUCAACAACGCCCGGCGGCUGGUCCGAAAACUUGAAGAGCGUGGAAUUGCGGGUGCUGCUGUGGAGGACAAAUUAUUUCCAAAGACAAACUCCUUACUGGAUGGACGGCAACAACCCCUGGCAGACAUCAAGGAAUUUUCUCUUAAAAUAAAGGCCAUGAAGGACACGGCUCGUGACCCUGAUUUCUGUGUAGUGGCGCGGGUUGAAGCCCUGAUAGCAGGCUGGAGCAUGGAGGAAGCCCUUAAACGGGCUGAUGCAUUCCUGGAGGCUGGAGCAGAUGCCAUUCUGAUGCACAGCAAACGGAAAGAUCCCUCUCAGAUAGAGGAGUUCAUGAAGCUGUGGAACAACAAGGGGCCUGUUGUCUUGGUACCCACAACCUAUUACACAACACCAACAGAUAAGUUUCGAGAAUGGGGUGCAUCAGUAAUCAUCUGGGCCAACCACUCUGUGCGGGCAUCAGUUCUGGCCAUGCAAAAUUUGACCUCGAAAAUCUACCGUGAUCAGUCAGUGGCUAACGUGGAAAAAGAGAUUGCCACUGUAAAAGAGCUAUUUCCGGCUGACACGUGACGAUGAACUGAAAGAAGCAGAGGAAAAAUAUCUUCCCAAAGCUUAGCAAACAUCAUCUCAAAACUUAUAUUAAAAACUGCUUAGAGUUUGGAUCAGCAGCCAAAAGCUGGGUUUGAUUUUAGAACGGAAAAAACCCCAAGCAUGUACAGAUCUAACGCUAUUUAAAAAAAAACCCUGAGGCAUAUGCAAUGGUGAUAAUGGAAAUGUCAGAAUACAUAUUGUUUCUCCUUUUGUGAAGACAUUUAUGCUGGAGCCAUAGUUAUGAAGUGAGGGUAAGUCAUUGUCACGGAGCAAAAUGGAGAAAUUAAGGGUGUCUUCUUGUGUUGUGAAGUGGUCUUCAAAGCCAGUAGGUGUUUAUUCUAUUUUACCUUAUAACAUCUUUGCUACUGCUUUGUAAUUAUGACUCUAAAGGAAAAGCAAUAUCAGUGAAUUCUGGACUAUGCUUCAUCUCUAUGGAGACAAAACUCCGAUGCUCUUGAUUUCCUCAUGUUGCCCUUGGGCAACAACUUAUUCUCACUAAUAACUAUACCCUGGCAGAAACAGGAUCAAAAUUUUAACAUUCCAGUUCUGUUUGUGUAUUUACUUUAUGUCAAAACUACAUCUACCACCAUCUGAGAAGUCAAGGGGAGAGAAUUGUUUUCUUUUAUUUUCCCAACACUCAUUCAAUACCUAGUAUUUCUUAUGCACAUUAAAAAAAAAAAAAUUUUCAUUGAUGGAACAAAUAAAUGCGAAAAGAGCCACUUCAGUAUUGAAAUGUAUGCACUUAGACUACCAUAAAACAGGAGCACUUGAUUCCUCUAAUACAAGAUGUUAUACAUUUGAGUAGCAUGGUAUCCGACAGAUGUGAUGUGAGGUGAUAUGGCAUCAUAUAUGAUAUGAGGGCUAAUGUAAGGCAGUAAAACAUGCAUGCAAGUGUGUUUGUUGCACAUGAAAUACUUGAUCGGAAUAAAGAACAAAAGGAAAUCAUGGGAAAUAAAAGAAGAAAUGGAUGUUAACAUAGGAGAUCAAACUUUGAGAAGAGUUGGGCAAGUUGGGCAAACAAAAAUAAGUAUUAUCAGGAAGGACUAUCCUAUGGGGAUAGUAAGGCUAUCCAGUUAAUAAGCUUGCAUGGUAGCCCUCUGUAGUACUUUGUAAAUGACAAUUGUAAAGUCUGUAUUAAUUUAAUUUAAUUUUAUUUUAUUUUAGUCCAUCAUGAGGAAGAAAACUUUUGAUGCAUUUAUUGGUAAAUAAUGGUUCUACACACAGUGUAGUUUGUUGUAAGUUGUGUUGCAGAAUUUUUAGGGUUCUCGAUAGGUAGACCACAACAUUUGUUAGCAGAUGUACUAAAGUCUUUACUUCUAAUAAAGCUAAUUUUACCAGAGCAGUAGCACAAGCAUAAGAAUGAAAUAUUAUUUCAGGACUGUUAUUUUAGCAACAUUUCAAUCAACUCACAGGUCUGUAGAGUCUAUGUCAAAAUACUACCAGCAGUGUACUUGACUAUGUUCAUUAUGUGUAUACUGUUAUUCUCAAAUUCUUUACACAUAUUGGACCAAGGAUGCGUAUAGGAUAUAACAAAAAGAAAAAGGGCAAUCUUGGUGUAUUAAUUCACAGAACAGUUUACAAAAGAUGUAUCUCACACAGUGGAGUCUUACUUUACCAUCAGCCCUUUUAUAUAUGUGUAUAAACUAUUUUUUUUUUUUUACCUCAAACAUUCUGUAUAUUCUCACAGGUCAAAGUGAACACUAUAUGAGCUGUGUUUGACAGUUUGAAAAGUCAGUUUUGUGCUUUAUUGUAUUUUGUUGCAUCUAAUAUACCAGAUCCUUCUCAUGAUGGCAGAUGCCCUCAUGUGUAUAUGUCAGAUAUCGUAAGCUGAGAAAGAAAUUCGACUCAAAUACCGUAAACUUCAGGGACUUUUUACCCAGCGUGCGGUUCAAAGAGUGAUGCGGCUUGUUUGCGGAAUUAUUCCGCUUCCAGGAGCAUCAAUCGUCUGUUGUAGCUUCUCUGUAACUUCAAAUCUCGUGUUUACUGUUCAUUAAUUUUUGGUGUUCCUUGCUCAUAUUUUAAAAAUCAAAGCCGCAUACAAUAGAAGUAUCAGUCGCUGAAGCAGACACACACUCAUCAUGCCGAGCGCGAUAUCAAAAUGCUCACGAUACAAUUUUCUAGAUGCAGGUGAUCGAUCAGGUCAUUAAAAAAGGCAAUCGAGCCGCUGCACAGGAGCUUGGAAUAAUGACGAUGACGAUACUUAAUGAAUGUGAUUAACAUAAGAAUAUUUUUGUUGUAUAUAUUUGUGGCUUAUUUUUGUGAAUAGAGAGUUUAAAAAAAUAGUGGGCGUGCAAGUCAGGGUUGUCUCUCUUUAGAUGCUUAAUUACAGAUUUACAGUUACUCCUAGAACUAAUUAGAAACAUUUCCCUAGAGUCCUUUAUACAAGUCUGUUUGCAACCUGUGUGAGUGAAAAUUUCAUUAUAGGAAUACAUUUAGUAGAAAGCUGUAAUUUGAAAGAGAAAAUAGUAGCCAACAUGCUUACAUGAGAGAGAUCUUAAUGGACUUCUAUCACAAGCAAAAUCAUGGAGAAUUAGUGAUACAGGAGUAAUUUCCAGUCUAGAUAUGAAACAAAUACAGAGCUUUACUGAUAUUUUGCCUUAGCACCAUUGUGCCUCAUGUUGAUUUAUUGAAACUGUUUCCAAUGUGUGAAACCUGCUCAUAGUUCAUUUUGAAAUCAUAUUUGCCAUCCUUUGUGCACCUACAUAUUACUUUCUGUAAUACUGUCUUGCAAAGGCAGUAAAUAACUAUAUCAAAACAUAAAUUAUAAAAAAAGCUAAAAUAAAUGUAUUUGAACUUUAAAUGUAUUGUGUCUAAAUUUGUUUUGACACAGUACUGUAUAUUCUUUCACAUGAAACCAGCCAGUGGGUAUAAUUACAUGGUACUUUGUGUUUUUUGAUGUUCAUUUUGCAAUACGUCUUUUUAUGCUAAAUUCAGACCAUCAUAGCAUAACAAGUUGGUGAUGCUGUCUUCCUCAAUUUUUAUCUUGGAUAAAUAUCAUUUUCUAGUAGCUUAUGAUUUGUAUUUUCAAUUGUGUCUUCUAUGUGAAAUACCAUUCCUGCUAACUGUAUGUAAAGAUGGGCAGGGAAAGUAUUUGUUAAAGCAGUUGAUACUGUUUUUAAAAGGGAACUUCAGUAAUGAUUGCUAAAUGUAUUGGGCAUAAAUAAGUUAAUGACUAGAGCACUAACAUCCAGGGUGAAGGCAUGCACAGCAGAGAGUUAAAAACCUGCUUUUUUCCCCCAAGUAGACUCGUUUGUUAAACAAGUUCAUGACUCCCUGAGAGUGAAGGGGGUUAGAAAAAAAUGACAGCGAGGAGCACUAUCCUUACAAUAAAAUGACACAUCACUCCCCAGAUUUAAAGGCUUCUGUACUACCUUUACCAGUUUUCAUCACCAAUUUAUCAUCAGUUGUUGUUGGCACACACAAGUAUUGAUGCAUCUGCUUUUGACGUGUUCAUUUACAUUUCAUGUCAUACUCACCUGAAUGUUUCAUAUGCGGGGUUUUACAUAAUUUUUUGGUCAUUUUAAUGUUGUAGUGUACUUUAAAAAAAACAAAUCUCAAAGUGAAUGUUGAGACCAAGGGAAAAACAAGUUCAAUGGGAAGUUUUUUUCUGAUGGGUAAACAAUAAAAUCAGCAAAUCACCC